AUGUUGUCGUACCGUCUGAAACGGACGUGUGCUUCACAGGUGAGAUCCCGUUAUCACAACUAUUAUCGUCACUCGCUAUCCGCUCCAGAGAGCUUUCAUAUUCCCGGUGAGACAACGCCGAGUCUUGCCUAUCUUUCAACCCUUAAUAUUGAGAAUUUGGCUGAAUAUGGAAUUCAUGAACCCCAUUAUCGCAUCCAAGCCGAGGAGAACGCAGCUGCUCAGGCGGCGAGUAUGGAGAGAAGAGUUGCUUUUCGACCUCCUCCAAUCGGUGAAUCAAGAACCACAACAAUAACACACGAUUCUGGUAAUGCCUAUCAAACAAAAUCCAUCAAAACUAUAUUUACAGGGACCAAUGCUGACACCUAUAUGAGACUUAACGUCGGUGGCAAAUCGUAUUAUGUUCGGGCCGAACUCUAUACUGCUGAAUGGACGAGAAUGCAUGAAUUAUUGGAUUCCAGUCACGAGGACAGAUUGAGAAUGGUGGAUGGAUUUGACUCCAAAACCGGAGAGUAUUAUUUAGAGAGAAACACAAAGUUGACCGAUCACGUCAUGGAUUUUUUUGUAACCGGAAGUCUUCAUAAACCUCAGAAUGUUUGUGUAGAACGGUUCAAAGAAGAGUUGGAGUAUUGGAAGAUUAAACCGGAUCAGCUUUCCUCGUGUUGCCAAAUACCGAACGAACACCAUCAUCACAGUAGAAAAUUAUCUCAUGGCACAUCAUUCAAUGAAGAUGACUACGUAGCCGAUUUUGAUGGCGCUUGUUUUGCCGGACCUCGUUUAGCGAUGUGGCGGUUUCUGGAGGACCCUCAAUCAUCCCUCUUUGCUGCCAUAUUCGCACUCCUCUCCGUUUUCUUCGUAUUCGCAUCAGUCGUUGGCCUCAUUCUUGGUUCUAUGCCAGAAUUUCAGGCAGACUCGUCAAACGCAGCAGCUUAUCACGUUAUGCAUGUUAAGAGUCGACCAAAUGACUUGGGCAACAAAUUUGGUAAUAACGAUGAAGUGGCUCCAAACGAGUUGCUCAAAGAUUUUGUGUACAAACCAACAGAUUCUCCUAAUCUACCACUCACAAUUCUUGAGUACAUUUGUAUCGGAUGGUUCACAUUCGAAUAUUUAGUCAGAUUUUUCAUAUACCCCCGGAAACGACAAUUUGUGAAGAAGACUCUCAACAUAAUUGAUCUUUCUACAAUUCUCCCAUUUUAUUUGGAAAUCUGUCUUCCAUUAUUUGGAGUAGAAUCUCGUCUAAAAGAGUUUACAGGUGCCAUGCUAGUGGUUAGAGUUCUUCGAGUUCUUCGAAUGGCGAGAGUUUUCAAAUUGGCAAGAUACAGUACAAGUCUACAAACGUUCGGUCACACUCUCCAGUCUUCUAUAACAGAAUUGAGUAUGCUCAGCAUGUUUUUGAUAACCGGAAUCGUCUUCUUUUCAACGAUCAUGUAUUAUUUGGAGAAAGACGAGCCGCAUACGGAUUUCUACAGUAUCCCUGCCGGUUGCUGGUGGUGUGUGGUGACAAUGGCUACAGUAGGAUAUGGAGACGCAAAGCCGGUCACCACUCUUGGUAAACUAGUUGCUACUUCAACAUCCAUCUGUGGAAUCAUUGUUCUGGCUUUUCCGAUUUCAAUGAUUGUUGAGAAAUUUGCAACAGCACAGCAGAGAGCAAUUGAAGAUCAACAAAUACAACAAGCUCAAAUGUCAGCUGUAGCCAACAAUGCUCUACUCCGUCGUUUCCCAACUCGGAGGAAAGUGAGAAGAAAUACUACUGUCUCGGUGAACAACAUCUAA